AACUGUUAGAGGUAAUAUAAUGGGUAUUUCGAAAUACGUAUUUAUUUGUACAAAAUCAUACAAUGUAAUCACUUCAGUCAAUGUACUACAUUGUAUAUGUGUAGUCGAGAAACAUUUGCCUAAAUAUUUGUUAUUUGUUGUAUCUGCUUGUCUUUUAUAAAUGAACUUGCAAAUUUAUUUAUACUUGUAGGCUUACAGGCUAAAAUUAUUCGGAAACACGAGACGAAUUGGUAAUUAUUUGUUUAAUGUAUGAGACACUACUUAAUGGAUUACAUGCAUACCAGUUACAGUAUUUUCGGAAACACGCAAUAUGAAAUGGCAACUCUCAUUUAAUAAAAAUGACAGCAAACAAUUUCACGUGCCAGUUGAUUACCCUCGCAGCGAAACGCGCUUGGAAUCAAGUUUUUCAGUAUCGUGUUCAAAGAACUCCAUUAGACAUUUUCUUUAGAAUGAGUUCUGACUGUGAAUCACCUAAGCGCCCUCGUAACGAUGUUCCUGUAAUUGGCACUCACAGUGGAACAUUUCAUUGCGAUGAAGUGGUGGCGUGUUUUAUGCUUAAACAACUGCCAGAAUACAAGAACGCUAACAUUUUUAGGAGCCGAGAUGCACAAUUGUUGCGUGAAAAAUGUGAUAUAAUUGUUGAUGUUGGAGCCGAAUUCAAUCAUCGACAAAAAUGGUAUGAUCAUCAUCAAAAAAGUUUUACGGAAACACUUAGUUCCCUGCGUCCCGAACUUGGGGACGAGUUCAAGAUUAGGCUCAGUAGUGCUGGUCUUAUUUAUGCUCAUUAUGGCGAACGGGUAAUAGAAUGUAUUUUAAGAGAAUAUGGUAAGACUCCAUUAUCCGACGAAAAUUUAAAAUUGAGUUUCAUUCAAAUAUAUCGUAAUUUUAUCAGCGAAAUAGACGCUAUUGAUAACGGAAUUCCCAUGUACGAAAAUGUUGUUGAACCACUGUAUAAAAUAUCAACACACCUUGCUUCCCGCGUGAAUAGAUUAAAUCCCUCUUGGGAAGACGAACAGGGUAGUGCAAUUGAACAAAAACGUUUUGAACUUGCUCUAGAAUUGGUUGGCAAAGAGUUUGUAGAAAAUGUUUUAAAUAUGGCCAGCUCUUGGGUAAAGGCACGAGAAUAUGUUCGGAAAGCAUUAGAGCACGCUGAAUCAAUUUAUAAGACUGGUGAAAUUUUGAUACUAGAACGUUUCUGUCCUUGGAAAGAACAUUUAUCUGAUCUCGAGAAGGAAUAUAAGGUUGUGGGUAUUCCUAAACUAGUAAUAUUUUCAGAAAAUGAACAAAGCUGGCGAGUUGCUGGCGUACCUGUCUCUCCUAGCAGCUUUUUGGGUCGAAAAUUUUUACCAAAACCUUGGCGAGGCUUACGAGAUAAAGAGCUUUCAACGGAAGCGAAUAUAUCGGACUUAAUUUUUGUACACUCAACAGGAUUUAUAGGUGGGGCAAAAACAAAAGAAGCUGCGCUAGCAAUGGCUAUAAAAAGUGUACAAUGGAAAGAUGAUUAAUUCAUACAUAUAUAAAUUAUAAACUGUAUUGUUUUAAAAAUAUUAAAAGCCAUUUGAAAUCAUGCGAAGUGGCUAAUAAAUUUUAAAAUGAUUUACAGUUUUCAUUGAAUUUAGUCGAGUACUACCCAAUAAUCAUAAGGACCGUCAACUCGGUCAUGUUAUAUAAUUUGGGGGAAGUUUUCUGCCGCUGCCACAACAACUACAUUUAAAUGUCUAUAAAAUUAUGUUUGAUAAAUCGCCAAAAAAGCAAAAUAUAUUAAAUGUACUCAUUAAAAACGAAUAAAGCAUUUGAUUUUUUUAUGGGAGAAUUUUAACUAAACGUCAUAUACUUGUACAAAUAUAUAUUCAAAAAGUU